UAUGGCCUAUGGGGAGUGCGCACACGGCACACUAGGUUGGUGGAAUUUUGUGACAAUCAACGGUUGAGGUUACCAACAUUGUAUUGCAUCUUGAAACAAUAAUAAUUAAUUUUUCCAAUUUUGAAUUGUGUUGUUACCUAUUUUAUUUAAUUUUAGUGAAAUUUUUACGUGUUAAAUAAGUUGUGAUGAAGAACUGAACAGUGCAUAGUUAAUGUUUGACGAGUAAACUGCCUCCGUUGAUGGGACUCGAUGCUUGAAUAGAGACCUUUAUCAAUGAUCAGAAAUUUGUGCAUCUAAUACCUGAUUAUGGAAGAUUGUUGAUACAAGUUGAAUUUUGGAAAUAUGAAUAAUGAUUUUUAAUCGCUAAAUCAUGGUAUCUGAAAGCCCCUUCAGUGAGCCUACAAUUCUAAGUGAACAGACAACCGCUUCUAAUUUCCUCGGAUCUGAUAAAAGUUUCAAAACUCCCAUACAUAGUUUCAUGAACAUGGCUCAAGUUGGCAGUUUAACUCAACAAAGUAUCAAUGACAGUGAAGAAAUAAUCAAUAGUAAUAGAAUUUCAAACGACAUUGAUGAUUCUGAAGGAAUCAACAGCGAUAUUGAAUUGAGUAUAGAAGAAUCAGACGAUAAAGAGACAGUUAGUGAGACCGAAGAUGCGACUGUCUCCCUGAAAAAGAAGAUCUUAUUGAAUAAAGAUACGGAAUCACUGGAAUCUUUAGAUAGUGAUCUCGCUAAUGCUGCUCAUCUUGCUGGAACUGGUUUUUCAGCCGAUGAGUUCGAUCAAAUAGACUGUUUAGAUACUAUUGAUGAUUCUGCCUAUGGUUCAAAUGGCAAUACUAUUUCGAAGCUGGUUCCUCAUUCGACCGAAUUAGAUGAUCGAGGAAAAAACUGCGACUCCAACAAAACCUGCGUAAAUACUUCAACUGACGGAGAUAUAACUCAAACGAAUGCUGCAAAUGAUGAGAAUGGUGAACGUUCUGGAGAUGAGCAACUACUGAAUGAAAGUCCUGUCAAAAUUGAACGAAACAAUAACAAGACUGAAAGAAUCGUUGAAAAUGAAAAACCGACCGGUGAGCGGGGUUCUAAACAACUCUCACGAAAUACGAUAGUAAAAUUUGAACCUGGUAUUUUUCUACGUAACGAUCCAGCGGAAAUUCUCGCCAAACAAGAAGCUUUCGAGGAAGAAUUUUCCGAUGAAUUUAGACUGGAAAUCGAUUCGUGUUCUGAUGAACAGUCACAAGAUUCUGUUUCGCGACAACCACUUUCACUAGAAUCCAAUUCGAAAAAUAUCGCUCGAUCUCAGAAUAACGAUUCAAGAAAAGUUGAAGAAUUAGCUACUCAGUGUGAAAAAAUUUCUUCGAAAUCGACUGUUCCACCUGAAGAUGGUUCCAAGGAAAACGAAACUGCUUCGGUUCGGAUAGAUGAAGAUAGCUCGAAACUGACUGAAAAAAUGUCCGCUCUAGUCGAAAAUAACGCUUCGAAACAAAUCGACGAAAAAUCUACUUCAGAUGUAAUUUCGAUGAAAAAUGCCGAUAAGCCAGAUGAUAAUAUCACCAGUGUUCUAGAAACCGUCGAACCGGUUCAGUGUGAAAAAUCUUCGUCAGAAGCAAUAUCAAUAGCAAAUAGUACGAGUAAUAUUGAAUCCAACCAAAUAGAAAAUAUGUCAAUCGACGAUGAUACAUCUCUGGACGACAUUCCUGUCGCAAACGUUAGAAAAUCGGACGAUAACCGUCCCGGUGUCAUUAUGAAGAAUACUUCGGAACAGUAUGAAGACAUGUCGAUCGAUGAUACUCCUUCCAAAAUAAUUCGAAAUGAAGAUAUCAACCAAUCCAGUGAAACUCGUUCUACUAGCGUUAUAGAAGACAUCCCAGCUGCGAUUCGGAGUUCAGUCGCAGAGAAUCAAAACCUCGAAUUUUCUGAAGACGAGGUUUCACCGCAGAAUGACGAUAUUCGUUCUGACUGUAACCUUCAGGAAGCGCAAACAGUCGAUUCUCCUGAUGUAAUUCUUUCGCCUAUGAUCGUGGAUGAUGACAAAGAUCCGAAAAGCGUAGAAUCUAACGAUAUCAUCAUCGAUUCCGUUGAAUCUGAGAUCGUAGAAUUGGACGCCGAUGACGAACCUGUGAUUCUGGACGAUGAUCUCAGUGAUGCAUCCCCUUCGGAUAGUCGAACUUCGCAACAAAAAUUCAAUCAACCGUUAGAAAAUACUGCCAAAGAAGUCACGCAUGAUGAUAUCGAGGCUGAAGUUGUCGCAGGUAACGAUGAUCCUGUUCCUUCAACCAGUGGCAUUGCAAAUGAUGAAUAUAAAAAAGUUGAAAUAUCGCUAAACAGGCUAACGUCCAAUGAUACUGAUUCCAGGAAACGUAGACUUCAAUCUAAUCAAGACGAUUCUUUCUCGAGUGAUUCUCUUUUCGUAGAAAAACGUGCUAGAAUCAGUGAACCUAAUUCUUCGGAUAGAUGUAAUGGUACUAAUUCAACAGAGCAUAGAAAAAAACCGUUGGCCAAUAGAGCUCGUAAACAUACUAGCUCAACGAAUGUAGACAAAACAUUUGAAGAAAUACAGAAAAAGAUUCGCGACGGUCUCGAUAAACAAAACAGAAAUCAAGACCCUUCUUCUGGUCAAGAUGUAUUUGACGAAUAUGAUUGCGAGAUUCACGAUAAUGAUGGAGAUACUAACGACGCGAAUUUCAACGAAACUGCCCAAAAUGCCGAUAACGAUGCGCACAAAAUACAAUUGAAUUACGAUGUUAUUAGUAAAGAAAAUUUGAAAAAUAUUUUCAAAGUUAUGAGAACCAAGUUGACCAGAAAGCAACUCGAAACAAUGAUGAUUCAAAAAUGUUGCGAAAUGAUCUCCGACAGUAACGAAAUAGGUACUUUGAGAAGGCAAGUCGCUGAUUUACAGCAAGCUGAGAUGUUUAGAAAGCAAAAAAUUAUGAAUUUAGAAAAACAGAUAUCCCAGCUCAAAGCUGUUUGUCAAAGGUAUCUUGAUCAAGUUAAGGAGAGCACUGAUAAAGCUGUAAACCCUAUUAAAAUUACCAGAUCUGUUGGCCUACAAGUAGCGUUCGGCGAUUCUUCUCCUUAUGUCAACUUCGAACCUAUUCCAACCACAUCGAGAAAUCAAGAAAAAUUGAAGAAGUUACUCAGUGCCCCUCCUGUUAAUAGUAGAAGAUCACUAGCGACUCCAGACAUUCAUCAAAAUGUUACGAGGUCAAAUUCAGCUUCUCCUCUACCAUCUAACGCCAAUUCUAGAAACCAUGAACCUAGAUUGGUCAACGGAAAUUCCAGGAUUAGUUCUCCAUUGAGUCAUUGUGGUAGUCCGACACCUAAUUCGUCUCCUUCCGCGGCUGGCAGCUCUAGAAAUACUAUGAAAGUGACGAAACCUGCUGCUGCUGCUGACGAAGAUGCGCCAGUAAUUGACCUCACGGAUAAAGAUGAUAAAAAUGAAAACGAAGGAAAUGUAGCCGCUAAAAAUUUACUCGCCACUGUUAACGGAUCAGCCAUGGUAACCUACGUACCAGUUAAAGUAAAUGGUCAAGAUCAAAAUAGACAGGUAAUCAAACCAGGUACUUCGAUUUUAGUUAAUGGACAGUUGAUGACGGUUCAAAGUACCGGAAAAUUUCCUCCAUUGCCAGCUCAGCAUCCAGCUCCAGUUCCUCCUCCACCACCUAUGGCCAUGGUAACGGGUGCAAAACCAGUACCUCCGAGACCGAUUUUGAAAAUUGAUAGAGGUGAAGCAGGUAUAAUGCUAUCUUGGGAAUUUCCGCGGAACACCAUCUGCGCUGAAAUCGCUAAAUACCAAUUGUUCGCCUAUCAAGAAACCGAUUUACCUCCUAGGCCUGAUCUGUGGAAAGUAGUAGGCGACGUUACUGCUCUUCCAUUGCCUAUGGCGUGUACUUUAACUCAAUUCAUCGUAGGCUUCAAGUAUCAUUUUACAGUUAGAGCUGUCGAUGUUCAUAAUCGAUGUGGACCGUUCAGUGUUCCUCGAACUAUUACGUUGUGAAUAGUUCGUGUCGAUUGUUUAUGUAUAUUGUAUAUAAUUUUUUGUGAAAUACAUUUUGUAAGUAUUGAAAAACUUUCAAAAAAACGAAAGAGAAAAAACAAAAAUCAUUGAUUUUAUUAAUUUCAUAUUUUUUAUGAUAUUUCUGUUGUUUUGAUAAUUUGUUAUUUUUUACGAAAACUUGAUUUGUAUUUUUUAUGGAUUCGUUUCGUUUUUUUUCUCGAAAGAAUAAAUAAUAUUUUGAAUUGUGA